AUGGCAUCUUUCUUGUUAUUGUUUUCUGCUGUCUCUCUCCUCAAGAUCGCAUAUGCCGCUGCUCCUGCUGGCCCAAUUCCACGAUCUGUAACCUGGGCACCAAAAUCAUACGGUGUUGAAGGACCGUGGUGGGCAGUGAGAACUCAGCUGGGAACUCCGCCUCAGAUCAUCGACUUACUCCCCGGAGGCUCUUUUCAAUCUGUCGUUUUUGGAGCUGAUUUGUGUAGCACUUUCUGUGAUGCUCAGACUGCUGGGCUGUAUAACUCAGAUGAAUCUUCCACCGCGUUCACCCAAACGGGGCCUCCAAUAGGCACGAAUGGUACCAAUUUUAUGACCCGCGGAAUCAAUUACACUUAUGUUUUUGAUACGAUGUCACCAGUGGCAAACAUCGAAGGAGCACCUGAUGUCCAUAUCCCGUCUUUUGAUAUGGUGGUCUGGACUACUGGUUUCAACGAAUUUCCUGGCGGAUCGAAAUAUGGUCUUCAGAUUGGUAAUUUAGCCUUGGGCGCCACGGACAUCAAUCAGUCAUGGCCGAACGAUGGAGCACCAAGAGCAAAUGGGACUUUAGUUCCGAGUUUCUUGUUCGACGCCGGAAUUACCCCUUCAAACUCUUACGGCUUGCAUGUCGGAUCUGUCGCAAUGGGGAUCCCACCUUCUUUAUACUUCGGAGGCUAUGAGCAAUCACGAGUUCUUGGACUUGUUACAGCGCAAAGUUAUGGCCUCAAUUUCUUCCCGAUCGACCUCUUGGAUAUCAGUAUUGGUGUCGCUGUAGGCAACUCGCCAUUUGACUUCACGUCCAAGGCGGGCCUUCUGGCACAAGGAAAUGCCUCCAUUGGACCCGCGCUUCAAGUCCAUGUCGACUACAAUCCCCCAUAUAUCUAUCUCCCACGAAGCACGUGUGAUGCAAUCGCAGCGGAACUUCCAGUGCAUUUCGAGCCCUCUCUAGGCCUCUAUCUUUGGAACACCACCAACCCAAAUUAUACUACUAUCGUCACGAGCCCCUCCUUUCUUGGUUUUACAUUCAGAUUAAACGCCAGCAUUUCCCAGAAAAUGACCAUCAACGUCCCAUUCUCUCUACUCAACCUCACCCUGACGCCUCCCGCGGUAACGCAACCGACAGCCUACCUACCGUGCUCCCCACUCUCUGAAGUGAGCGUACCAAAUUUAGGAAGGGCGUUUGCACAAGCAGCUUUCAUUGGAGUAAACUGGCAAACCGACGGCCAAGGGACGUGGUUCAUGGCGCAAGCACCAGGCCCUAACACGCCAUCUGCCCCAGAAGGCGUAGCCACGUCAAUGCAAGCAUCAGACAGAUUCGUCGUACCGUCAACAGAUGACUGGGUUGACACUUGGAACUCGACCUGGAAGCCAAUUGAAGCAGACACGGCGCAUGUAAACUCAUCAAUACCCGAGGCAACUGCUUCGUCUUCGUCUAAAUCGACAUCACCUCCCAGUUCACACAUAUCCCCCGGAGCUAUUGCUGGGACUGCUGUCGGUGCUUUAUGCGGUAUGGUAUUAAUUGGUACAGGCGUUUGGUUUAUUGUCCGAAGAGUCAAGAAAAACCGGCGAGAAACAGGCAUGUCAUUCAACAUUCGGUCCCCUAGAAAGCCCCCUCCUGUUGUUACGUAUCAUGGAGAUAAGAGAGAUGGCGGAUUUGGACCACAGGAGGUACAGGGUUCAGCGGUUCCAGGUGCUCAGCAGAUGUCUAAGCAGCAAACGGAACACCCACGAAAAGAGCUCCCAGGAGACCAUGCAUAUGAGUUGCAAAGUUAG